AUGAUCAUCAAUUUGUCGCACAGCAUGGAGUGUUUCUAUAUGAUUCUGCUGCUUAUUGCUUGCAUAAAUGGAGGAUUAAGUGCUUCAAGUGAAUCGGAAGGUACUGGAAGUCUUAAGUAUGUACCAACCGCCGUCAGUUAUGUGAGCUUCAUCAAACACAUCGUCCCGAAGAGAGUGGAAAACUCAAUGGUACUUCCUAAACUGUCCACUCGUGCUCCCUUCCACCAUCACGGUCCAACAAGGCCUGAGCAAUCGGUGAUGCAGUUCGUUCCGAUGAUAAAACCAGCUCAAAAUCAAUACUUCUCCCAUGGACAGAUGAAAGUACAGCAAGAACAAAGCAUGCCUUAUCAUAAAACUGGCGUGCGACCGAUGGCAAACACUUAUCGUCCUGUUUAUCCUACGGGCUAUUCUGAUCCGGUUUACGUCCACAGUAGGAUUCCUCUCGCAUCUACACACGUCAGUGGGACUCGUGAAGGAAAUCAUCCAAUGGUGAUCGGAGUACAGCAACCAGCCUACGUGAAGAAGUACGUGCAGGUUGGGUCGUACAAUCCGAGCUGGGUACGCAAAAUGCUAACAUACGCACCUAAACUAACGUAUGUUCCCCACACCUAUCAAAGAGUGUGA